AUGGCACCCUCGAUCGAUGUUGCCACCAAUGUUGCCGCUCAGGGCGUCGAAGCCCUAAAGCUGGCCGCAACCUCAACCACCAACCUUCAGAUAGAACCUCUCCAACUCAAAGGGGCUCUUGACCAAUACGAAUCCUUUGAUGUCACCCCUGUAAUUGGCAAGGAAUUCCCCACUGUCAGCCUAAAGGAGUGGCUUCGAGCGCCCAACUCUGACGAGCUUCUGCGCGACUUGGCUAUUACCAUUUCCCAACGCGGUGUCGUCUUUUUCCGUAAACAAGAUGAUCUCGACAACGACUUGCAAAAGGAGUUGGCUGAUCGUCUUGGUAAACUUGCUGGGAAGCCUGCCUCUUCUGGUCUUCAUAUCCACCCAGUCAGCAACUCUAGUCGCGAACUGGGCGGGAAGGACGAUGAGAUUAGUGUUAUUAGCUCGGAACAGGCCAAGAAGUUGUAUAGCAAGCGACUAUUUGCAACUAAACAGAGCUCCAAGGAAGGCUGGCACAGUGAUAUCACUUUUGAACCCGUACCAAGCGACUAUGCUAUUUUGCGCCUAACCCAGCUACCAAAGACCGGUGGAGACACCUUGUGGGCUUCCGGAUACGAAGUCUACGACCGCAUCUCCCAGCCAUACCAGAAAUUCCUAGAAUCUCUGACCGCCACAUAUGCACAACCCGCAUUCAACCAAAGCGCAAAGGAGCACGAAUUUCAACUAUACACUGCCCCUCGCGGUAGCCCCGAGAAUAUCGGCGAUAGCCUUACUGCUGUUCACCCUGUUGUGCGCACCAACCCGGUCACCGGGUGGAAGAGCAUCUUCGCCGUCGGCCACCAUGUACAGCAGAUUAAUGACCUGUCCGAAGCCGAAAGCCAGCAUUUACUGCAGUGGUUUGUGCGACUGAUUGUUGACAACCAUGAUCUGCAAGUGAGACAUCGCUGGCAAAACCCGAAUGAUGUCGCCAUCUGGGACAACCGCAGUGUUUUCCACACUGCAACUUACGAUAUCGAGGGUCAGGGUCCCCGCACUGGCCAGCGUGCUGUCAGCCUGGGUGAGCGACCCUACCUCGACCCUAACAGUACUAGUCGAAGAGAGGUGCUCGACAAGCUAGAAGCCGACAAGAAUGCCGAGGGCACCACUGCUUCGUAA